AUGCGAUUCCUGCAAUGGGUUCUGUCGAUUUCUCUAAUUCUGCUGCCGGUGGCUGUGACAUUUGAGUGCUAUACGUGUAAUAACCAUCCUGGGGCGGAUGACGCGACGCCUUGUGAUGAGCAGGUGGAGGAAUGCCCGGAAGGGGUCGAGUCCUGCUCGAUGCUCACCUAUUUUUCCCAAUUUGACCGGCGACAACACACCCGGAAAUUCUGCACGACAAAGGGAAGUCCAAUUUACGAGUAUUUGCUUGGGUUCCCGGGCAGCAGCAUGUGCCAGAAUAUCAAGACGGCGGGCCUAAUGAACCAGAGUCGUGAAAAGCGGCAGGUUGCCCUCCCUCCAGCGCCUCCCGUCUUCCAGAGCUCGUCCCUAUUAUGCGUGUGCACGACGAAUUUGUGCAAUAAGGGAGGGUAUAAAGAAGUGCUGGAGCGUAAUAUGAACGAUGAUUUGCCGCAGCCCGAGAAGCGGAAGCGGAAGAAGGCAAAGAAAAGCAGCCCAAAGCUGGCCAUUCAGAAGCUGGCGGUACCCGAGGGACCGCCCAAACUAUUCAAGCCACAGGACGGGCAAUUCGCC